GUCUAGUAUUUUUCUAAAAUGAGAAAUUUUAGUUAUUUUUGAUUUUUAAUGUGGAACUAUUUUCUGUGCUUGAUUAAAAAUCAAUGCGCCGACUAUAAAUAGCGCGACUUCCGUCGACCGCGUCACUCCCAAAAUAUGAAAGGAAUACAAAUGCUUCGUGAUUAAAUCUUCUCCGCUCAAUAAUUUCGACAAUCGAUACUUUUGUUUCAUGCAAAGUCUACUUUCUCUAAUUGGAUUUAUAUUUAUCACAGAAAUGGAUGUAUUAUGUUCCGCACUAUGCUCAGAUCUUGAUUUUUCGUCUACUUUGUUCGCCGAUGACUUUAAACAUUUCAGCUCAACUGAAAAUGACGAUUCUCAAUAUUUCAUGACAAAAGUCAAUUACACAGAUGAAUACUGGAAUAAACUCGAUAGAUAUUGGCUCCAAUAUUCCUUUCCACCCUGUCACAAACUCCACAAAAACACUUCUGAUGCUACAUUCGUUGACCAUCACCAAAACUGCAUUCAAAACAAUUUCUGAAAAAACACAUCUAAAUCGCAUUUGAUUAUUGGAUUUCGCAUCGCAAUGGCACCACCUGCUUUAAUAAAUCCAUUUAGUUCUUACGAAGCAUGUCAUGAGAUGGCGGGUCCUGAAGUGUGUCAGCUGAGGACGACUACGACACCCAGGGAAGGAGACUUCACUUAUUGCGGCUCCCCAGAAUCGUCCAAAGUCGAUUCCCUGAUAGACUUUAUUGCCAAGUUAAGUGUCGUGCAUUUACAAAGACAUAUGCUGUUUAUGCAGCUCAACUGCGGCGACUGCACCCACAGCAACAUAAGCCGUAUAUUGAACACAAAAAACAUUGAGAUGAACCGACAGCAUGCGAAGUCCGCGGACGGUGGUCCCAUUGCCGACCCCGUCCUGUUCACCCCUAUAAGCGAUGAUCUUAAUUGCCCCCCAUUCGACUUAGCUAUUGAAUACGAUAGUCUUAUUAGUGAAUCUAACUCGUUAGAAAACCCUUCAGACGAAGAAGUAUUCCCCCAGGAAAGCGAGUACGACUGGUCAUUCAGUCCGAGCAACAAAAGUCCAAUGAACUCCACUAAUUUAGACUCUUUUUCUGAUCUGCACAGCUCUGUUCAUGAUGGCCAGGACAGCGAUGAUGAUGGACAUUUCUCUUUUGAUGAUGCGAGCAGUGAGGAGAAUUGGGAUUUCAAUUCAGACCCAAUUUGUAACGGUUUACCCUGUACCAAAGACGUUCCAUUUUGGAAAACCGUUUUCCAGCUGGUGGACAGCGAUGAUGAGGAUGAUGAUGAGUGUGAUAGUGAUGAUUGUGUGAGUGAUGAUGACUGCGAUGAUGAUAUCUUGUUCUCUGAUACUCCUUGCUUUUCUUUCAAUAAACUGUUUGAAAAUACUCAAAAUACAAAAACUGAAACUACAGACUCCGUUAUUCCGAAUUCCGUCGGAAAAGCCAACCACAGAUGGAACCAAGUCUAUCCGGACACCGACACACAACAUCAAAAAGCUGCUAAGGUUCGUUUUGCUGCUGAUGAGAAGUUAGAAACCAAGCACCUUAUGUUUGCAUGGAGCUAUGCCUACCAAGCUGCCCGUAAAGGUGAAUGGGUACAAAUUCAUAUUGAUUCAGAGAGGUUCCGAUGUCGGAUAGAAAACACUGAGCAAGUGUUGAAACCAAUUUUAGAUCCUUGUCACAGACUGAAGAUCUUGGCUCUUCGGAAGAAAUAUGAACAUUACUAAAUGCAUCUAGUAAAGAAUUUCCCUAACUGAAGACUUAUUGUAUUUUUGUUUAGGUGAAACUACAUUACAGACUGUUAAAUGCAAUCUUGUCACAUACAGACAACUAUCAAAUGGACAUCAUCUUAAAUGUCAUCAUUGAAGCAUUCUGUGAUACAAAAUGAAAUAUUUUUGUAAUUAAACUAAAAAGAAAACAUUUCAUGUGAUGGUCUUUUGGAGCUUUGUAGAUCAUAUAAACUUUGACCUAAUAUUUAAAUUACUACUAACUCAACAUUGUGGUUGGUGUUGGAAGUGGUGGUGUGUCUUUCAUGACACAUCACCUCUCUCUCUCAUUACAUGUAUGUAGCAAGCAACAGUUAAUUAAUAUAUCUGGUCUCAGAGCUAUUUAUUAUUUAUUACAUCUGGCUGAUUCAGAUUUUGAAUUGCUUUGGCAACCAGUCUCUGAUUAAAGAUGACUAACUCUAAAUCCAAUGGUGGUGUUUUCUUUUGUAUACCUUUUGUGUACCUGACCAGCUAUAAAUAUUUACUGCUGUACAUAAAGUAAACCACAGUGUAAGGGGAGGUAAUAACAGAUUAACAUCUUCUAUGAAGAUAAUUAAAU